UCCUAGGCGACCAGCGGCUGCCGCCGGCGGCGCGGAGGAUGAAGCGGCCCAACAUUUUGCUCACCGGUACUCCAGGCGUUGGGAAAACCACACUUGGAAAAGAACUUGCGUCAAGAGCUGGGAUGACCUAUAUUAAUGUGGGUGACAUGGCAAGAGAAGGAGAACUGUAUGAAGGUUUUGAUGAGGAAUAUGAUUGUCCGAUUUUGGAUGAAGACAGGGUAAUUGAUGAACUAGAAGAUAAAAUGAGUGAGGGUGGAGUUAUUGUCGAUUAUCAUGGCUGUGAUUUUUUCCCUGAACGGUGGUUUCAUAUAGUAUUUGUACUUCGUACAGAAAAUUCGUUUUUGUAUGACAGACUUGAAAGCAGGGGCUACAAGGGGAAAAAGCUGCAAGACAACAUUCAGUGUGAAAUUUUUCAGACGCUUUAUGAGGAAGCUAUGUUGUCAUAUAGAGAGGAAAUUGUACACCAGUUAACCAGCAACACUCCAGAAGACCUGGAGAGAAAUUUGGAUCAGAUUAUGCAAUGGAUUGAGCAAUGGAUGAAGGACAACAAUUGACAUUUGGUGAAAAAGUAACUCUGCUGGAUUGCUUCCUGGGAGGGUUUAAUAAGUGACAUUCAUAACUCUUGUAUGAUAAAUUAAAAUUAAUUUUAUUGUAAUUUGAUGCGGCUGGGGACUCGACAAAGGUUCAGAAUAGCCAGGUUACAAGGCUUUGGAACAGCCUCUGAAGCACUCUGGGAGAGGCACACAGGAGAACUGACACAAGUGAAAAUUCAGCAGUGAACGAAAGGAUGAAAAUAACACAGUUGCCUUUAGUAGGAGAAAUUAGGUUCAAUAAUUGAGAAUUUUUUGGAGCUUAUUUAUGAUUAAACCUUCCCCCCUCCCGCCCCCAAGAAAACUAAAUUCCUGAUAACUGAUGUCGGUUGAGGAGCUUUUGAUUUCUAAAGGGUAAAACAGUGUCCUGAGAAGGAGUUAGCCUGUUUCUGAUUUGUUAGACUGAAACCUGCUAUACUCCACUGUAUUCUUGAAUGUGGGGAUGCUAAUGUAGGGUGAGGGAUGUAUGAUAUUGUUUCAAGGCUGGUGCUUUAUUUUGGAAGGAGUAGAAGUGAUGUAGUAAGAGAGAUGUUUUAAAAUAAUCAGACCGAACUUUGGGUAUUAUGGCGUACGGAAACGUCAGCUAUGUCUGCACUGGUGUGAAAUAUUAAGCAAUAAGUUUUCUUUCUCCUUUUUCUCCCAGUAUUCUCCAUCACCCAUCCCAAUCAUGGAACAUAUUUAUCACUGUAAGUUUAUCAAGGAAAUACAUGAUUUGGCAGGAUAAUGAACCUGCAGUGAUUCAGAACAUGGUUACACUUAAAAUACUGGCAGCCAUCUGUUCUAAUUGCUUGAAAAGCCUGGGUCCCAGGACAGCAUGGCUGUGCAAGGUAGAAAUAACCCUUCUUCUCUGAAAAGGUGGCUUGUAAAGCCUUGUGAAAGAUUCCGUAG